AUGAACACAGAAGAGGAGCAAGAAGAAGCGCGCGCUCACAUUACUCAACGCAAUGCUACCGCCUCUCCACUUCUUCGUCUCCCCGCAGAGAUUAGAAACAUGAUCUUCGCCUACGCCCUGAGUCACGGCGACACCAAGCUACACAUCAUUCCCAGUAUACAAGACGGACCCGGUGGAACAGGCUGCUGGAAGCAUCGCAGCUGGCCAGAUCCUGUCAACGUCAGUCUGCUCUACGUGUGUCGCCAAAUUCACCUCGAGACCGCUCUACUUCCGUACGAGCUCAAUAUCUUUGUGGUCUACGGUCACUACAACGCUGUCAAAGACUUCUUCGAACGUAGAACAACGGCACAAAUCGGCGCUAUGGCGAGAGUUGAGAGGGGCCCGCAGGUGAAUAUGGGCGUGCGAACCGCGAGUGACUGGUCAGCUGUCUGCUCACACCCCAACCCCGAAUCCAGCGCGUUCACUUCCGAGAUUCAACCAAAGUACCCCAGCGUGUACUCCUCCAGAAUUGAGGUGAACAAGAAGCGCGCAAUCAAAGAGCAUGCGGAGAACUUGAAAGUCGAGGCCGCGCAACAGGACCAACGGCGGAACCAGAUGUAA